GUCAGCAACAGCUCGGAGCCGCCGCAUGUCUGAGCGGAAACGUACGACUCAGCCCGAAGAGGAUGAGAACACAGAGAGAAGGAGCUCGUCUGGAGUUUACUCUGAGCUGGCCUCAAGUGAACUGAAAGAGAAGAGGAGAAACACAGACGCCCCCCCCCCUCUCCCUGUGGACGCCAUUGAAGAACUAAGUGGAUUGAAGAGGGCAGAGAGCAAGUGAGGGAGUCGGGAAGGUGGUGGGGGGGUGGGGGACAGAGGAGAUUAUCAGCUAAUCCAGUGCGUGGACAGUCCUGCAGGAGCCUCGUCGUUCUUCCAGGGUGACGCAGACAAAACAGUUACUGGAUUACCCCUCUUCUCUUGAUCGGCCUUUUUGAGAAAGAGUUGUUCUUCUUUUUGCUCUGAUUGUUUUUCUCGGACUGUUGGACGUCUGGUGUUGGGAACGGGAGGGGGGGGGGGGGACGCAGGACAAAGAAGUUUGGAGACAGAGCCGGUGUGGUCUACAGGCAGCGUGGUGCCCACAUGGACAAAUCUCUUUAGAGCACGACGGUGCAUGGUGGCGGAACCCCCCCACCCUGUCUCCCGUCCCUCCCUCUCUCUCCCUCUCUCUCCCUCUCUCUCUCUCUCUCUCUCUGCCUGAACCUUGAGGAAGAACAACUCAGCGGAUGAGACACAAACAAGAUCCUGUCAGACGCUGUUGAACACAAACAGAGAGGAGCCACGUCCAGGAAGAAACACUGUGAGGACACUCGUCUCUUAUUUCAGUUUUACUUCCAUUAAAAGGUUCUUGAAUGUUUCACGGUGGAUUCAAACCUGACGGACAUGCACCCGUACGCUCCCAUUUGAAUUAAAGGGAAAUUCCAAAACUUCUCUGCCACCAUGAGUCUGGGAAAACUGCCAGGGAUUAAGGGCCUUGUGUCCAGCUCGCAGGGGAAGAGCCGGUUCAAGAGCGACCUCUCUGUGGACAUGAUCAGCCCGCCAAUGGCCGACUUCCGACACACCAUGCACGUUGGCCGCGGCGGGGACGUGUUCGGGGACACUUCCUUCCUCAGUAACUACGGGGGGGUCAGGGAGCCUGGAAGUCCAGAUUCCACGAGCAGCUCCAAGACGACGGGUUUCUUCACACGCACCUUCAAGCACGUCCGGAAGAACUCUGUGCCACGGCCGCUCAGGGGCUCCCGGGACCUGUCCCCGCCGCCGGACAUCUCCCCCAUCAUCAAGAACGCCAUCUCCCUGCCCCAGCUGAACAUGGACCCUCCCAACGGGUGCAUGAAGAGGAUGUUCCCCAGCUCCACAGAGGACUCCCUCUGCACAUAUGGUCUUCAGUCUGGAUUCGUCACCCUGCCCCGCCUCUCUCGCCUCGACAGACAGUUUCAGGACGGAGACGUGCAGAGAGGCUCUCUAACCGAUGGCAGCGGCAGCACCAUGACCCGCUCGGACUCCCUCGCCUCGUUCACCGUGGACCUCGGGCCGUCUCUCAUGUCUGAGGUGCUCGGCUUGAUUGACGACCCCCACUACUUCCAGAUGUCCAACCACAGCCCGGCCGCUGAGGAGGAGGAUGAGGAAGAGGAAGAUGAGGACUCUCUGACAGAGACGCCUGUGCAGAGCCCUGAGGCGACGUCUCCCAACCCGUCCAUGAGCAGCGGGUCGUUCAGCAGGACGAGACGGCCAGGCAGCUGUAACAGGGACGAGCAGGAGGAGGACAGGGGGUCUCUGAGGACACCGGACGCGUCCACUGGGUCCCCACAGCGAGUGGAGUCGGUCAUGGAGGCUGAAAAGUUCCUGAGGGCGGCGGACGUGCUCUCUCGCCAUUACGGCGGGGGGUCCUUCUCGAAGGGGACGAAGAUGAGCAGCACCACCCCCCCACCUGCUCUGUCCUCCAGCCGCAAAACACCAUACGGCAUCACCGAGGAGGAGGAGGAGAUCAAAGUGUAGAUGUUGAAACUCAGACUGAAAGACAGACUUCAGACUUAACUUUGAUUCAACAGAAUCGUGGGAAACAUUGAGGGUGUGAGGGUUCCUCUAAAGUCAGACAGGUUUGUAUGAUGAUCUGUUCUUCCUCUGCAGAAGCAUCACUCCUCCUCCUCCUCUUCCUCUUCUCACAUGCACCACUGAUCAGCUUCCAGAUCCUGGUCUGUGGUCAGUGUCUGCAGGAGGAAGGUUUUCCUUAUUGACCUGGAUCCUGGACGUUCUCCUCUCUUUUUUAGAUUAUUUAUAACAGAGACUAUGUUAUACAGAGUGAAUGAAGAACACUCUGAAGAACUGUGGAUUUUGAAAGACUGCUCGUUUCCUCCCAGCAGAUCAACACCUAACACGACAUAAAACAUAAUAUGACUCACAUGAAUAAAGAUCACGCAGCAUCUGGACAUAUUAAUACGUUGCAUACGUUGGAAAUAAAUAUAACUGUCAUAGGAAAUAAAAUGCUUUUAUACAGUUGCAGCUGUAAUAUACUUUUUGUUCAUCAAACUUUUGUUUAACUUUUACAAUGUUGUCUCACAUUUUCUGAUAAUCCAACAAAUGAAGCAGUUUUUUAUGGAGAUAAUUCCUCUAAUUUUGAUAAAAAUCUGUAAUAGUUUAAAAUCCUACACAGAAUAACAAAUGCAAUAUUCCAGUGGCUUCUUU